AUGGAUUCCAACAUAAAUAAAAAUGCUCGUCGUAUUGAUAUUCAUCAUCAUAUUGUUCCUGAUUUUUAUGCCAAGGCCAUUGAAGAAAAUGGUGCUUAUUCGAAUAAAUGGCCAGUUCCAACAUGGUCAGUUGAACAAGCUAAAGAACACAUGUCUAUUUUAGGCAUUGAAACUGCUAUUGUUUCGGUGCCUACACCUGGCGCGAAGAUUUAUGAAGACAACAAAGAAAAAAGAAGAAUUCUUGUUAGAAAAUUAAACGAAUUUAUGGGUGAUUUAGUUAAAAAUAAUCCAAAAGAAUUCGGAUUUUUUGCUUCUCUUCCUUCUUUAACCGAUGUUGAGGGUACUCUUAAUGAAAUUAAUUACGUUCAUUCAACACUUAAACCUGAUGGAUAUCUGUUAUUUACUAGUUAUGGUAAUGGCCAAUAUCUUGGUCAUCCAUCAUUUAAAGCGAUUUGGACCAAACUGAAUGAAUUAAAAGCUGCCGUUUUUAUUCAUCCAUGUGAAGCAUCAACAACCGUUGCUAUUGAAUAUCUUCCACCACCUCUGCUUGAUUUUCCUCAUGAAACAACACGAACAGCAUCGGAUAUUGUUCUUAGUGGUACUCGUGCUGCAUGUCCUGAUAUUAAGAUUAUUCUUUCUCAUGCUGGUGGUACUCUUCCUUUUCUUGCUCGUCGCAUAACAAUGGCAGGUGCUAUACCUUCUCUCCAUUGUCCACGACAACCUGAACAAAUUUUAUCCGAUUUCCGUUCAUUUUAUUAUGAUACAGCUUUAUCAUCGAGCGUUCCACAACUUCAAGCACUUCUUCAUUUUGCUGAUCCAUCAAAAAUUAUAUUUGGCAGUGAUAUUCCUUACGCUCCAUUAUCUGUAACACUUGAUUACAGCAAAAGUCUCGAUACAUUCUUUCUUAAUCAAUUUCAAAAUUUUUCGCAAGCUAUCAAUCGUGAAAAUGCCAAAAAAUUAUUUCCUGACAAAUUCACAGACUAA